AAUUCUAGAUCUAGAUCUAGAAUCUAUGCCUAGAUCUAGAAUAUCAUAUAGGUCUACUGAUCUUGUUUAGUUAUAGAGAUCGACAUAUUCACAUCUAUUUUAACAAUUCGACGUUUUCGUAAAGAUGUUGUACCAGUAAAAUAGUAUCUUGAUGACUCCUGUUUUAAACGGAAAAGUUAUGGAUGUCCCGCCUGUAGAAAUUGUUUGUUCUGGUUCCAGUCCAACACAUUCAGUUGAUGCUGUCGGCGAAGAGUCUGCCAGAGGGCCACCGAUCACGAUUAAUGAACUUGUACAGCUCGCCCACAUUGGGAUACCAAAUGAUCAAGUCACUUGGUCCAGGGUUACCAUGACCUCAGACAAAUGGAUCUCUGUACGCCAUGACAGCAGAUCUGAUUUUUCAGCAAAGAGAGCAGUGGUGACUGUGUUAAGUCCCAUUGAGGGUACCAUCUCUUACGCUGGCUCUACCAGCGCUGACUCUGUCCUGAUGAACCCAGUGCUGCCAAUGAUUGCAUUGAAAGCUGGGCUCCGUUUUGAAGUCUUCAACUUGGAUACAAAAGAAUUAGUCAACAAAGUGAAAUUUCAUGAGCUAGUCACAUACUGGACUUGGGUGAAUUGUGAUGUCAUUGCCAUGGUAACUGACUCGGCUGUCUAUCAUUGGAAGAUCAACCCUCGGGACGCCACCUCCCCCCCAGAACAAGUGUUUCUAAGACACAACCGUCUGGCUUUCACCGAGAUUGUCAGCUACAAAGGUGACCCAAGCCUGAACUGGCUAGCUCUGACUGGUCUUACUCCAGAGGAUGAGAGAAUUUCAGGAGUGACCCAAUUGUACAACAGGAAUGAGGACAUCACCCAGUGUAUUAGUGCCCACGCCGUCUGUUUCUCUAGCUAUCACUUCCCAGGCAACCCGUAUCCAUCCACCGUUUUUUGUGUCAGCUCACGGGAGGCUCAGGAUCAUGGGAAGGUUCAUGUGAUUGAGCUAGGUCCAUAUAAAACAGGAAACUUUGCUCCCAGAAAUUGUUACGAUCACCUGCAUUUUCUAGAUGACAUGGAACGUUACGACUUUCCUGUCUCUUUACAGAUCUCUGUGGACUAUGGCCUUCUGUUUGUGGUCACCAAGUAUGGCUACUUGUACAUGUGCGACAUGGAGACGGCCAUGUGUCUGUGCUGCACCAGGGUGUCAGUGGAUGUCAUCUUUGCCGCUGUGCUGAAUACAAACUCCCAAGGCAUUCUGGCAAUUACCAGAGGCGGCCAGGUUAUAACUGUAGAUCUGAAGAAAGAUGGCUUCAUUUCUUUCCUGAGAGAACAAGUGAAGACAGCGUACAGGGCUAACAGGUUUGAGCAAGUUAUUUGCCAGUGAAUCGUCCAAUCUUUGACUACUCUUCUGGUAACAAAAUGUUGCAUCAGCAACAAGAAAGUUUGUUGAAACUUUAACGAAACAAUGAAUUAUUAUUUAUUGUUUUGUUUCCUUUAAGGAGAUGAAUCUGUGUUUUUUUUUUUUGUCUUAAAUUUCUACUACAAUACCAAUGACUGUAAUAUGCUUUGCUAAAAGAAUUGAGCAUUCGCUCUACAGGGUAGAAAUGGGUAAUGAAAUAUAUACCAGUGCCUAAAAUAGUUUUUCGUAAGAAAAACUUCUGUAUGUUUAGUCUUGUGUUAAGUAUUUUUAUAUAUUAUAACUUUGUGUUACUACUUAUGUGCCACUAAACUGCUAUAUUUAUAAAUAGAUGAUAUGCGUUUGUUUGUAAACCAUAUUGCAUUUGAAUUAUUUUUAUGUAUAAGUAUUGAAUAAACUGCUUUUUGUAUUUUACUGUCCAUUUUGCUGUCAUGCAUUUAAAAAAAAGGUAUUAUGCCAAACUACUUGCUUGGUGUUCUGAAAAUAAUGAUAAUGAAAUGGAAAUUAUUUCUGUUUUUUUUUUAAACAGGAGUUAAUAUUUUGAUUUUCUUUGUCCAUUUUAGUAUCUUGUCUGCAAAAAUUGUCUAAAUUUAUUUGGCUGUGAAAUGUUAAGAAUUGUGAUUUGUAUCUUAAAUGAGAACAGUUAAAUGUUCCUAAUUUAUUUCAAAUGUUUUUGUUUUUUUUAAGAUAUGUGAUGGUAUUAUAUUUGCUUGCCAGUAAACUUCUUUGUAAUCUGUAACAUAAUUCACUGCAUGAAGAUCAUUGAAAACUUCAAAUUAUUCUGUGUUUGUGUAUUGUACUAUUGUACUUUUUUUUUUUUUUUACCACGAGACACAUCAAGAUAUUAAUGCUAUAAUGUUAUAUUGUCUGGUGGGGCAUGGUGGCUGAGUGGUAAAGCCCUUGGCUUCCAAAUCAAGGGGUCUGAAGUUCAAAUCCUGCUGGACUGGGACACUGAAGUUUUAGGGUGCCCCAGAGUCCACCCAACUCUAAUAGGUACUUGACAAAGGUUGGGAAAGUAGAAAUGGUUGAUUAUUUUGCUUGCCACGAGACACACUCGUAAACCGUUAGCCAUAGAAGCAGAAGAGCUUCACGUCGUCUGCCCGAUAGAUCACAAGGUAUCAUUACCUUAACUGAUUUUCCCUUUUGAUGCUGGUAUACAACAUAUUUCAAUUGCAUUUUACUUUGUUUCUAGAACAGCAUUUUUCUUUCUUUCUGUUAUCCAAGUAUUGAGUUGACUUUUUAAAAAAAUUUCUAGCGCUCCAUGCUUAGAUUUUUAAAUUACUUUUAACCCCUUGCUGUCACCAGUAUUUAGGCCUAUAUAUAUAUAUACACACACACACAAAGCUGUUGUCUGGUAUCAAAAUUUAUCUUCCCACAAUUCCCUACAAUCAUCACUUCCAGGUUGUGUGCGUACCUCAGAUUAAAAAAUGCUGCCCUGUAAGAAGACUCAAUGAAAAGGGUUUUUUUAUGAAUUGAAAAUAAUGCAAACUGUGUACUUACUGCUAAAACAUUUGAAGUUUAUUGCUAAAUGUUUAAAGUUCUUGCUGAAUGUUUAAAGUUCUUGCUGCAAAAGGAGAAAGUGCUUGUGAAAUACUUAACACAUACAGAUAUUGUCUCUUUUUUUUUUUUUUAUGUAAACAUUUGACACCAAUUUUAGAAACAGAAAAAGUUGAAAGUGAGGAAAGAAAGACAAAAGUCCAGGAUGCCACAGGAACAAUGUUAUACUCUGCCUCAUUGAUCAGACAAUUAGUAAAUGGAACAAUUGUUGCUUCCUGAGUGCAAUGUUACAUUUAGUAAGAACUAUUAUGAUGAAUUAUUGUACAAAGAGCCUAUGAUGAAGCCCACCUUUAGCAAGCCCUAAUGUUAAAGAUGAUGGGGUAAAACAGCCCAAAUAUUGUGAUAGCACAAGAAUUGAGUUCAUUGUGUUACAAAUACUUUAUGAAUCGAUUGUUGUCCAUUUUUGAACAUGUUUUUUGUGUACCGGUAGUCUAUUAUUAUAUAGUUUUUUGUAUUAAUGUGCUCUAUUUAUAAUAUAACGUAAUCCCAUAUUUAUCUUGUUGCUUCCCUUGUUUUUAGGAUAAUCUACUCCCCACAUUGUCCUUAAACCCAAUUUAUUUCCUGAAGUUUUUCUGGUAUUCAUAACAAAUAUUAUUGUAUUGGGGGAUGCAGUGGUGGAGUGGUUAAGGGCUUGGAUUCCAAACCAGCUUCCUGGGUUCAAAUCUCUGUGAAGACUGGGAUUUUGAAUUUUGGGAUCCUUAGGGUGCACCUGAGUCCACCCAACUCUAAUGGGUACCUGACUUAAGUUAGGGAAAUUAAAGACGGAAACAGACGACCUUAACAUCUUCUGCCCUAUGAAAUACAAGGUCUGAAAGGGAGUUUUUAAAAUAGUUUUGUUAAUGAAGUAACUUUUUAAUUUAAUUUGAAUGAGUAAUAUAACAGGGAUUCGUUGGUUUAACUUGGUAGCAGCUGUCUUUCACUUGAUACUGAUGUGUCCUGGUUGAUUGUAUUUUAGCCAGUAGCCACUGUUAUCUUAAGGGACUUAACUCCAAUAUCCAUCCUGCUUUUCAGGAUGUUGGGCUCCUAUCUGUUUGUUUCCCUCAUUGUACAAAUAUUGUUUCUGAAAUCAUUGCUGAUGAGUUCACAUGAUGGACACAUCAUUUCGAUGUUGAGCUGUUGGGAUGUAUUCAACACAUCUGGUGCGUGUACUUUUGACCCCCCCUGGUGCUAUUGUUGUUUGUAUCUAGAAGCUGCAGUUGUUUGUAUCUAGUAUUUGCUCUUUCUUAUCUAUUGUUCCAUUGUCAGACAUUUUAAAUGUAACUUGUUGGAACAUGCACAAGUUUUGCAAAUUUUUUUUUUAAAGUUUUUUUUUUGCAUGCUCAAAAUGUGUUUAUUUAAAUGAGUCUCAACCAAUUUUUUCUUGCUUAAAUAUAGAUCUAUAUUCAUUUUUGUUUCUUGCUGUUGCUUGGCGACUUUGACCUAUUGCAUUUUUUCUCUUAAAUUUCUGAACAGUAUUUUUUUUUCUCGUUUUCAAAUUAAUAUUUAUGUAGUUAAGAUUCAACAAUUUUUAGUUGAUCUUUUUUUUUUAAAAAAAAGAAAUCAAGCAUUAACCUAAACCCCAAGAAAUAGUUUAGAAUCAUUACCAACUCAGUAUUGUACCCUAUUCUUAUAUAGGUCAGUUAUAUUUAAAUUAUUGCUAACUGUUCUACUUCUGCUUCUUAGCUUUUUUUUCUCUGCUGAGCAGUUUGUCUGUUGUAAAAAAAAAACAUAAAUUGAUGUUAUCCUAAAUACCUUUAUAAUCAGUAACUGCCAUCACUGACCCUUGUAACUAAUUUUCAACUUCUUGAUUUUCCUGAAACCCAACAUUCUACUGUACGACAAAUAUUUAUCAGUGUGCAAUAGUUGUACAGUAAAACUGAAGUUAUUUGAUCCUAUUCAUUGUUCUAAAGAAAGUAUUUAUCAAGCUGUUAUAUUUCAUGUAUUUUCUCCAACUUGUAAAGUACAAUCCUUUGGAGUAGAGAUUACAAUUUCAAUCUAAUUUAACUCUUUCUCUCCUAAUUAACAAUGCCAAUGUUGAUUUGACUUCCUUUAAACUAAAUGGAUUUUUGGAUUUAUAAACUUAAUUUGUGUUGUGUACAAAGAGCAUGCAUUCUCCUAUAAUUCAAGGCCAAAUAUUACAUUUUCUGAUAACAAACAAAAAUGUUAUUGAAAUUCAAUCUGAACAGGAUAGUGAAAUAAAAAUCAGCAAAAUGAAUAAUAAUAUCGGAACGAGGAAGCAAAUUACGCAGAGAAAGAGUUAAUGUUCCUGAAGUCUGACAGACAGAUUACAUCAAUAGAAUCUCAAAGAGUUAAUGAAGCAGCAUGCCAAUCAUCAUUAGAAAAGAAACUAACAACAGUGCUAGUCAGAUCUUAGAGGUGGAACCCCUAAGGCACAAGACGAAGAGGAAGACCAAAACAAAUGUGGCGACGCAGUGUACUAGAUGAAGCCGAGAGGACAGGAAAGAGCUGGGAAGCCAUUUAAAAACUAGCAAGAGACCAUGGAGAGUGGCGUGCCUAUACUGAGGCCCUAUGUUCCAUGAGGAACGCAAAGGAAAGAUGAUGAUGAUGAUGAUAUCAUCAAAGCUGAUUUCUAGAUAUGAACUAAAUAAUGUAAAUAGAUGGACCACAAAAAAGACAAGGGUACUGAGCAUGUUUUAGGUAUGAGAGUUGCUAUACAAAAUCAAUUUACUGUUUUUACUUUUUGCCCCCUGUUGCUAAUCUCAUAGAACAUUUGUUCAUGUGACUGUAGAGCCCUAUUCCGGAGAGACAUUCGUGUCCACUUGUAACACAUGUAAAGGAGGUCUUUUUAUGCCAACGCUUCGGGAGACAGAGCUGAGGAAAGGUCAGGAGCUGGCAAUCCUUAAGCAGCUUGUGCCAGAAAAUGCUACAUCCUGGCGAAGUGCCAAACUCUUAUCUGAUAUUUACCUUUAGACACCCCCCCCCACCCCCGUGUGGAGAGGGGGGGGGGGGAACUGCUGUGUGGGAAACCUUAAUCUUGCUAUAGCUAAUUAGCUAAUACCCAUGCAUUCAUCCCAUUAUUCCAAGUCCUAACUUUAAAAGCAAUUUAAAGAACAGCAAACUUCAGUUAAGUAUUUUGUUUACUUGCGUACCAUUCUUUGAGCCAUUGUCACAAACAGAGCAACUGCUGUUCAGUUUAUAAAAUGAUGUUUGAUGUGUUAGUUUUGUUCAUUUAAUUUCUUAAUUUUAAUAAAACAAAAUUGCACUUUUGCAUAAUAAAUGAUUUUUAAAUAGUAAGUUUUAUUUGCAAUUUGAAUGCUGUUUACAAUGUAGCUAAUCAACAGUUUUGACUAAUACUAUUGGUUGAUUUAUAUAGCGCUAUAAGGAAACAUAAUGCAGGGUUAAAUUACUAAAGCAUUGCACUCAAAUAACAUCUUGUAAACUAGUUAGUUUUGUUUUUUUAAUUUCCAGGAUUGUACUCUAUAGACAUUUGUAACCAAUAUUACUGUUAUAUUUAUUAUUCAUUUAAUGUGUAUUUCAAACUAGUUUGACUUUGUUGGAAUGUGAUUUUUGUACAAACAUGUAAUAACAGUGUCUUUUACUAAUGUGAUAGGUACCUAGACAUCUCUUUUUCUUUUCAACUUUUAAUACUCUGGCUUGAAAUAUUUUUUAAAUUACAAAAAGCAUCAGUGUAAAUCUCCUCAAGGAAAAACCAAAGCCAAUAAUUAUAAUAUUCAGUGCAGUCCUGACUCAUCUAUAGAUCUCACCAAUGGCAUAGAGUGAGUCUGUUAUCUGGCUUUAGCAGGAUGGUUGCCUGCAUUGUUGAGCUUGAUGAUUAUUGAUGUAGUUGGCAUAUUUAUAUAUUGAAUAUUAUAACUUACCAACUUAUUGUUUACCAAAGUGUUCUCAGUAAUGUCAACAUCAACCUAUGUAACCCAUUUUAAGUUUAUUCUCCCUAUAUUGUUUCCUCUAUCACAUGACACACUGUUUAUAUUCUAUUCAGCAAUGUAUAGUCUGUACUUCUGCUCAGAAAUCUCUGUCUUUAUUAGUUUUAAUAACUAUGUUGUUACAAAGGUUAAUUGUCUGUCUGUCUGGUAAAAAAUUUUACUUUUAUUUCUCCCAGACCCAUUCUUGGAUUAAAAAAAAAAUUAACCAACUUGUCAAUUAUAUGGUGGUAAUUAAUUUUUUUUGUUUGAUACCAACAAGGGAAAUUAAUCCUUCAGUAUUCACAGAAGCAGCUAAACAUGUAGGGUUUCAUCCCCUUAGAUAAUUGAACAUGUUAUCUCUCCGGCACCCAUUCGCGGAUCAAGUUGAAACUUUAAACAAUUAUUUAUUGUACUUCAAUAAACAAAAAAUUGACCAAUUAGUCAAUUAAUUAUUGGUAAUAAAUUAUUUAUUUGACAUUGAAUAAGGGAAAUUGGUUGAACAAAUCAUUUCUAAAUAAUUGUCCAAAGUUUUUUGCAGACAUUUGACUAUUUAUAAAGAGGCCAUGCAGAGUUUAGAUAUAGUUGGUGUGGCUUGUCCCACUACUGAAUGUAUAAAAAAAACUGAAUGUGCAAUAGAUUUUUGUUUGUUUUCUGCUGUAUCUGGCAUUGGGGGUUUUAUUACAUCAUUUGUGAGAUCAGUUUUAGGAUGGAAAUUCAUAAAAAGUCUAUUGGACUACAAUUGUUGGCCUACUUGAAGAAUAAAAAAAAAAUCAUUGGAUUCAUUUAUGUGAGUUGAUAUUAUUUUUUUUUAUCUGUUCAUUAUUUGUAAGGGUUUAGAAAUUCAAAGGUAGUUGAUACAGGGUCAGAAAAGGCAUCUUAAACUCAGCUUACUGUACAAGAUUAAUCUUAUCAUUUUUGUACAAAUUUUUAUUCAACAAUUUUAAUCUUUAUUCAGUGUUUCCCAAACUGUGUUCCGAGGAACAAGACCUGAAUAGGUCUAGAGCUAGAAAUUCAAAGGUAAUUGAUACAGAGUUAGAAAAGGCAAUUUAAACUCAGCCUAUUGUACAAGAUUAAUCUUAUCACUUUUGUACACAUUUUUAUUCAACAAUUUUAAUCUUUAUUCAGUGUUUCCCAAACUGUGAUCCGUGGAGCAAGACCUGAAUAUGUGUUCCAUGAACUAAUGGAAUAAUUGACUAGUAAGACACCACAGGAAUUAAUCUCUCUAAAAAAAUAAGCAGAGUGUUUCGCUAAAUAUUCAGAAUGUGCAAAGUGUUCUGUAGAGAACAAGUUUGGGAAUGACUGAUCUAAUUGAAUGUUCUUGAAGUCUGACAGACACUUGAUGUUGCUACUAAAAUAAAACAUCUACAUUUAAUGUC